AUGCUUAUUACACGAUAUUUCUUUCUGUGGCUUCUUAUUUGCCCGGCUGUGUUUUCAAGAUGCUCCAACAAUCAGCAGCAAAAAAGGACUCGCGAAAUCAUUCAGAAACUCUGCGGCCUGGGAGAAAUGCGACCGGUGAGAUGCAAAAGCGAGGCUGAAGAUAUGAAGGUCCAAAGUCCAAAAUUCCCGAAACAGGAGGAGAGCAGGCUGCUGGUGUUGGAAAUGUCAUAUCGGAUUGUCUCUGAGCUCCUGAUGAAGAACGCGUCCACCGAGUGGAAGUCCAGUGAGCUGCAGCAGUUACGGGAUUUACUCGGACACCAGAGACAAUUCUACACAACAUGUUUUCCGGUUGCCAGUUCAACUCAUGCUGAAGUGGAGAAUUGGAGCGCUUUUUGGAGCAGUCUGUCUGAUUUUCUGUCAGAGAAGAGUUUCAGCGCGUGCGCGUGGGAAAGCGCGCGCCCUGUCAUUCUACAGGUCAUGCGCGGUUUCUACAGAUCCACUACAAAAUCACCAAAACCCAUCAGAAGCUGUUAAUAUCUAUCUAUCUAUCUAUCUAUCUAUCUAUCUAUCUAUCUAUCUAUCUAU